AUGGCAACUGAGAAUGAUUCAACAGUCCCCUCUGAAGCUGCCACUGAAGUUAUAAUGGACGUGACAGGUACUCAGGUUGGGGGAAUAGGGAACAAUGAUGGUGUUGACUAUGAACCUAUCGAAGAAGAAGAAAGUGUUCCUUCCACUCCCAUUGGUAGUAUCAAUUGUUCUCGAGGAAGACCUCGUGGGUCCGUCAAUAGUGGUAUAGAAAAGAGGAAGAAGGUUGUAGCUGAAAAGGUGUCCCAAGUCCCGAGUCCCGACGCCCUACCCCCUCCUAUCUCCCUGCAGCUCUCCACAAGCUGCAACUCUCCACAAAGCUCGGCGACCGUCUCUGCUCUCUCGCGAAGCACCGACGACCGUCUCUGCUCUCUCGCGAAGCACCGGCGACCGUCUCUGCUCUCUCGCAAAGCACCGGCGACCAUCUCUGCUCUCUCGCAAAGCUCCAGCGAUCGUCUCUACUCUCUCUCGAAGCUCAGCAUUCUCUGCUCUCUUUCUCUCUGUCUCUCGUCAAGCAACGGAGAGUUGGAGCGACAAGUACGAUCGUCAAGCUCAGACAAUAUGUCAUAUAGUGGAAACCCUACUCCUGCUCCAACCACAACCACAACCACAAUCCUUUGGAAUGCUUCUGAAUUGAACAAAUUCAUCAACUUAAUGAUUGAUAAUGUAAGGAAUGGUCAGAAGUCCAACUCCACAUUCAGUAAGGUUGGGUGGAAUAACAUUAAAGCAGGACUAGAAGCAACUUUCCAACGUCCAUUUCGAAAAGAGCAGUUGCGUAAUAAGAUGAAUAAGCUACGAGGUGACUAUAAUAGUUUCAGACGGUUGCUCGAAACUACGGGAUAUGGAUGAGAUUCAAAUACUAGGACUGCUACAGCUGCAGAUUCUGUUUGGGAAAAUGCUAUAAAGGCAAAUCCAAAUUGGACCAAAUUCCGAAAGAGUGGACUUCCAUGGUGGCCAGAGUUGUUAGAGGUCUUCUCAGACUCAAGUGCUCGAGGAGAUAGAGGAGUAUCUCAGCAUACUGCUGGGAAGCAAAAGUCCAUUGACAUUGAUCUUGGUUGUGAGGAUGAGAAUGAUACACACGAUUCUUCUGAAGAUUUAGUAGGUCUGGAUGAUAUAGAGCCUAUAGAUGUUGACGAAGUGGUCAGUCGUUCUACAACAAAGCGGAAGCGUGAUAGAACUAUGUUAGUUGCUACCAUUAAUGUU